UUUCCCGUAACUCAGCUGCUGCUGCGACUGUUUUGGCGUCGGAGCCGCUCGCCAUUUUUACAUCUGCCGUCCGAGGGGCUAAAACAUACCGAUUUAUUGAUCGCACGGAGCUUUUUUAUUCACGGCAGGACAGCGCUCCGUGAUGAUGGAAAUGGAGGCGAUACAGUCCAGUCAACAGGACAUGGACCUGAUAGAUAUCCUGUGGAAUCAAGACAUUGAUCUGGGUGCCAGGCGCGAAGUGUUCGACUACAACCACCGCCAGAAAGAGCAUGAGUUACAGAGACAGCAGAAGCUGGAGGAGGAGAAGAGGCUGCAUUUGCUGCGGGAGCAGGAGAAGGCCCUGCUGUCGCAGCUUCAGCUGGACGAGGAGACGGGAGAGUAUAUACCUCGCACGCAACCCAGCAUCCCGCUGCCGUCGGCCGUCACACCCCUGGAGAAUGUCAGCUUCACAGAGGAGACUGGUGAUGGCAUGUCCUUAGAUGAAUGUUUGCAGCUGCUUGCAGAGACGUUUCCUGUAGAGGACGCUGAGAAUACUUCGGUUAGCGCGGUCACGGCUCCCGUUUCUAUGCACGUCAGCGGGAACAUCAUGAUGUCCCCCGAGCCGCCGGCCCUGUCUCCGGCCUCUCUCUCAUCGCCACAGCAGAUGUCCUCGGAAGUGGAACAGGCCUGGAUGGAGAUUCUGUCCCUCCCAGAGCUGCAGCAAUGUCUGAACAUGCAAAUGGAGGACACACUGGAGACUACAACAUAUCCACUUUCAAACAGUCCUGAAGUGCAGAAUCCAAACUAUCCCGAUCACCAACUCCUCCAAACUGCUUCUUUUUACCCCUUGACCAGCCUCCCGGAGGUGAAAACAAACAUUUUGAAUGUUAGCCCUGCAGAGUUCAUGAAUGCUUGCGAUGGCUCCGUUCCCAGUGUGGCUCCAUCUGAUCACCUCAGCCAGAUGAAGGUGGACGCCACUCAGUUAAAUGGAAACUUCGGCGCAGAAGGUUUCUGUGAUAUAUUUUAUCCCAACGCCGUCCUGGAAGAGAGCAGCGGGCACCACAGCCUGGAUGGAGGUGAAAGCAUACCAGACGCUCCCAACAAGGCCACCUUCACACCCAUGGACCUUUACAGCAUCUCACCUGAAGAUGAAUUCGAAACAGGCAAAAACAAUGUGGCACCAGAUAUUCCCGACUCGGAUUCGGGAAUCUCCACAUACUCGAGUCCCAAUUCCAGUUCGCCCAGCAAGUCGGUGAACGGAAGCGGUUCCUACGGUUUCAGCGAUUCAGACAUGGAAGAGAUGGAGUACAACUCCGGAAGUGGAGGAUCCUUCUAUUCGGAGAUGUUUUCAUUAAAUUUCCAACCCGAUGAUCUGGACCCGGCGCUACCGGGGUCAUCGCCGGCUGGAGAGCCACAGCAGCUGGAGGAGGAACCCAACCAACACAAGGUGGAUCCAGCAGAAGAUGGUGGUCACAGCGGCGCGCCCUUCACCAAAGACAAAUCGAAAAAACGCUCCGAUUUACGUCUCUCGAGAGACGAGCUGAGAGCCAGGUCCCUCAAAAUCCCCUUCACCGUGGACAUGAUCAUCAAUCUGCCCGUGGACGACUUCAACGAGCUGAUGUCCAAGCACCAACUGAACGAGCCCCAGCUGGCCCUGGUCCGUGACAUACGGCGCCGCGGGAAGAACAAGGUGGCCGCGCAGAACUGCCGCAAGCGCAAGAUGGACAACAUCGUGGGUCUGGAGACUGACCUGGACUCGCUGAAGGACGAAAAGGACCGUCUGCUGAGCGAGAAGAGCAAAAACAUGACUGACCUGAAGGAAAUGAAGCGGCAGCUCCACAGCUUGUACCUGGAGGUCUUCGGCAAACUGAGGGAUGAGAAGGGGAACUCGUACUCCCCGUCGGAAUACUCCCUCCAGCAGUCGACCGAAGGCAGCGUCUUCCUCGUUCCUCGCAUCAAAAAGACAUUCAAGAGCGAAGACGGCCACUAAUCUCCUUUGUAAUAUGGUACCGCAUCAUCAUAGGAUACUAUGCAAUAACUUUGUAGUCACUCAGCUUUAAGCUUCAGCAGUCCAGCAGAACUAUUGAAUAGUUUUUGCUCACUUUUCUUCAAUGUUGUAAUAUUUUUGAUAUUUUACUUUUGUACUCUAUCCUCACAAAUUCACUAAAGAAUAGUUUGUAAAUAUAAACCUCACCUGCUUUUGAGAUUAGUAACAAUGUUUUUUUGUGUGUAUGUACAUAUAUAUAUAUAUAUAUUAAAAAAAAUAUGACUGUUGUAUAUAUCAUACUUCUUUAUGCUAGUGAUCGUUUCAAUCAUUGUUACUUCUUUUAUAACUUUCCCCUGAUUUGCUGCCCAGUUAUUUUUUAAUCUGUCCUAUAUGCUUUGAAAUAAACUAUUCAUAUAACUA